AUGCCAAUUCAUAGAAAUCAAUAUGAACAGAAGGAGUAGGAAUUGUUAGUAACAGCAGCAGCAUCAUCACCUGAUGAUACACCAAAUGGAAAUGGAGCUGGUAUAGUAGGUGGAGGAGUAACAGGAGGAUAUAUCGGAGUAAUGAUAGGAGGACCACCUGGAGCAGUCGUAGGAGCAGCAGUAGGAGCAGUAGUAGGAGCAGUAGGAAUAGUAGGUGUUGGAGAGACGAUAGUAGGGGUUGCAGUCGGAGCAGUAGAGGCUGUAGGAGCAGUUACAGGUAGGAUUAUUAAUCUAAUUUUUGGAUGA